CAUUUCUAACAAUGCGCUCUCAUUCGGUGUAGUGAAUACGACUGACACGCUUUAUUAAAAAAAAGGUGAAAGGUUUGAGCCCAUCGGCUUUAUUCAGGACACACGCACCGACAAAUUACAUUCUCAACGCUUUAAAUAAACUAAUCAUAAAUAUUGCAUAAUAAGUGAUUUCUCUCUGUGAUUAGUCGACGUAUAUAAGUGUAGCAAUUUGCAUCCGGUUUCAAACACUUCCGAUGGCGAGUGCUGACAGCGUCUUCGGCAACAUGAUGCUUAGAAUAAUUAUUGCAGCAGCUGUCUUAGCCCUCAGCUUGGCUGAAAUUCAGAAUCAGUCACAAGAGUCUUCGAAACAAGCGAUUUCAUCGCAAAGUUUCACCCGAGAAGAUGUCCCUAUAUCUUAUAAAUUUACAGCUAUCCAUGCAGAUCCUGCUGUAAGACCAAUCGCUGAGACCACCCAAGGACAUCACAGACAAUAUGCACCAAUUCAGUAUGCACCGUUACAUCCAGGACUGCAAAACUUUCUUCCAAAUCAACACAUUGCGUUGACAGGAACUAACGCCCAAACGAACGUUGAAUGGAAUGGAAAUGACGGUAGCAGAAAAAUUAAUAAUUCUCCAGAAACAAAUAUAAAUAAACAGCAUUUGGAACCAAAAAAUCUUCAUGCAACAGCAAACAAUGUUCAAUUUGAGAAACAUGAAAAUUUUGUUCCGGGACAUAAUGUCGAAGUAUUGCAAUCCGUGGACAGUAAUCCUGUUCAUAAUACUGUGUACAGAAGUUCCAGUGAUGAUAUUGAAAAAUCGCCAAAAUUAAAUAAGAUCAAUUAUUUAAGGCAGUACAUUGUUCACCAACAUCCUGGAAUUGAAAUACAAACGGUAACUCAACCUACAAAAGGCUAUGAAUUGGAUAUUAGCACUCCCAGCCAAAAUUCUGCGUUAUACACACUGCUCGGUAAACACUAUUCCAGACCGAAUAUUUAUAGACUGAACGAAUCUCCACAGCAACACAUACCGGUGCCACAUCCAAAAAAUCACAAACUACACUUGAACGUCGCUCGUAUUUACGGAUUCUCCCAGCCCAUUGCCAAAGCGUUGCAAACAAAUUUAAUAUACCCGAGUCAUACAUAUGCUAUACCUUCAAAUAGUCAACUUAGGGACAUGAACAAAAAAACGCUACUUUUCCCUGUAAUCAAUCAAAGCCAACGCUACCUUGUCAGAACUGCAUAAUCUUGCUUAACUUAAUUAUAAAUGUACCCUCUGUAAAUAGUUCAAUAUUUUAUAGAAAUCACUUAGACAUUAGAAUUACAAUUUAUUUAUUGGUUUUAAACGUCCAUGUAAUUUGAAAAACAAACCCUUGAUUACUUUUUAAUUUAAAAUCCCUUUUGAAUUAUAAUUGCAAUAGGACGUUGAAUAUUAAAACUAGUAUUAGGCAAUUACAGCUAUUUCUAAACUAUGAACGAAAGUGACCCAAUAUGCGGACCAGUUCUGUCAACUACAAAUAAUAUUAUGACCUAAGGCAAGGUCACCUAGUCAAGUUACUGACCAAUUUUAAAUCUCUAAGCCGAUUAGUAUAUAAAGGCUGAACGAGAUGUCUAAUUAUCAUUCAAUCAUUGGAUAUUGAAGACACAUAAACAAAAUAAUGAUUUCCAAAAUCGUUGUACUGUGUGCCUUUGUGGCAGUCUCGCAGGCCGGUCUCUUGGCUGCGCCCGUGCACUACUCUCCCGCUGAGGCUGUUUCCUCCCAAAGCAUCGUACGUCAUGAUCAGGCUCACGGCACUAAGCUUGUAGCUCCCGUUGCCAAGCUCGCCAUUGCCGCACCUGUUGCAUACCACGCUGCUCCAGCUCCAAUCGCCUACCACGCUGCCCCCGCUCCCAUUGCCUACCAUGCCCCCAUCGCCAAAGUGCUAGCUCACCGUGAAGACCAAGAAAUCGCUUAUCCAAAAUACGAGUACAACUACUCAGUAGCUGACGGUCACUCCGGCGACAACAAGUCCCAACAAGAAGUCCGCGAUGGCGAUGUUGUAAAGGGUUCAUACUCCUUCCACGAAGCUGACGGCUCUAUCAGAACUGUUGAGUACACCGCUGACGACCACAACGGUUUCAACGCGGUCGUCCACAACACUGCCCCUACCGCUGCCCCCACACACAUCAAGGCUUUGCCUGCACUCCAAUACUACCAUCACUAAAUUAUUUAGAAAUUUAGGACUGUUAUAACUCUAAUGACUGUUGAUUAUUUAAUUUAUUAUAAAGAGGCAAAUAAAGAAUUUCCUAGUGAA